CUUCACUUUUCAUGUUCUUUCAUACAUGUUUCCCACCGCAAAGAGGAAAUAUGACCCAGGCAAGUUGCUCAAGCCUUCCAAGAAGAGGAAACUGUGUAUGUCAAAAUCUUCUCGUGAAGAAAAGUUAAGAUCCAGACAUACUGGCAAGUCUUCUUUUGGUGCUAAAAACUUUGCUGGUAAGACAUUUGGGAGGAAGAAAUGUGUAAAAUCGAAGAAGAAACAAAGACUUUAGAGUGGGAAAAAUGGCAGGGGUCAGCAGCAGUUUUUGGAAGAGUAAAGGAGGAAAGAGUUUUGGAGGAAACAAAGAGGAAAGGUUUCUGGGGAAAAAGUAGGGCACAAAAUUUUGGUACAUUUAAAGCAAGCCCUAUAGGAGGACAAGCAACGAAGGACUUCAAGAAGAAAAGCGAGAAAUGGUGAAGAGAAAACAGGAUUCAAGAUCUACACAGCAGUGACUGCACUAGCAGAACACAUCUUGGUGGUGGCGAUGCUGCAAGUUGUUGUUAAUGCUUAACUGCUAAUCUGCUAAAGCAGCUUUGAAAAGACUGCAAUCUGUCUGAAGAUAAAUUUGUACUUUGUAAAAAAAAAUGUUCACAAAAAGGUUUAUUGCACUUACAGCAAUAAAUAAUGGAUCCUUACAUAAAAUUGUUUCAUAUGAAACUUGGCUGUGUCGUAAUGAACAGUUGAUGCGGUGGGAAAGGAUUGUGCACAGGAAAUGAAACUUUGAUCAGUGAGAUGCGGACAUGUCACAACAAAAUCUGUAGUAUGGGAAUAUCAGCUGUUUGUACAGAAUCUUAAGAAACUUUGGACCAAGUGACACGACUAUUGGAGGCUCGGUAAAAUGAAAGGAAACUGGAACUGGAGCUGUAACAGUACGUUUCAAAAAGAAGUGUUACCUCCCAUCUACGGUGUGGAGAUGUGUGUGGCGCUGGUGGGGAACAUACUGGCGUUGUGGCUGCUUGUGACUAAGGAGAAGAAGAACUGGCACACAGGAGUGGUGUUCUCCUGCAACCUGGUCAUCAGUGACAUCUUUUACGCCCUCACUCUGCCCCUUCUUAUCGUCAACUAUUCAAGAGAUCGACAGUGGAUAUUUGGUGAUGCUGUCUGCAAAAUAGAGCGCUUUCUCUUCACCUGUAACCUUUACGUCAGCAUUUACUUCAUCAUGUGCAUCAGUGUUAAUAGAUACCUGGCCAUCGUUCAUCCGUUUUUCACACGCAAACACAUUCGCCCAAAACACGCCAAGAUCAUCAGUGUGUUCGUCUGGAUCUUUGUGGCAAGCAUUUCAUCUCCACUUCUCUACUUUUCAGGUGUCAAUAGGGACAGAUGUUUCAUAUUUGCAAAUCUAGAUAAAAAAUCAAGCCUAAAGUCUACCUACAGGGUGUUUAUGGUUGUUAUAGGCUGCUUGGUCCCAUUUUUAGUUACUUUUGCAUCAUAUUUUGGUGUUUUGUGGGUGGUUUUUAAAAAUGCAAAUAUCACCUCAUUGGAGAAGAAAAAAGUGGCUCUGAUUGUUGGUUUAGUCUGUGUCCUGUACACUGUGUCUUUUGUCCCCUAUCACAUUCUACAGAUAGUGAGCUUUAAACUGAGAGAAGAAGGCAAGACUAAUUGUUAUGUACGUAAUGGAUACCAAGUGUCAAAGGCAUUAGCUUGCCUGAACAUGUGCCUCCAUCCCAUUUUGUAUAUGGCUGUGUUUGACAGUAUCAGGGCAAUGUGCUGUAGAAGGAGCUCAAAUGUAUCAAACGUACAGAUCACAGUUGGAGAAAACUUUUCAAAGAACCUUGAAUUGAAAUCCAGAGACUGAGAUUGCAAAUUAUUUUCCUGAAAACAUUUGUGUUGAUUUGGAUGUAUGUUUUGGGCCAUUAUCAUGUAGAGUUUCAGAGGAAAAGGGAUCUAAGUUUUGGGCUAAACGUUUCUGUAUUUAGUAAAAUUGAUAAUACACUCAGUAUGCACAAUCUGUUAAACAGCCCCAAAAGUCAAUGUUGCAACUCCAUAUUUUAUUUUACAGUGGGUUUGGGGGAUUGUGCUUGUAUGCAUUUGCUAUUGUCAACAAACCUUUAUUUUGGUCUCAUCUAAACUGAUUCCAGUUGUUUAUCCAGGAAUGAGAAGCUCUCAGGAAAAGCUUUUUUGUGCAACUCAUCCAAGCAGUUUCUUGUGUUUAAUAGGUUUGUUUGAAACUCGACAACUCUCUUGUUUCAGAAAUUAAAACUAAAUCUAAGAUAAAAUAAAGGCAACCUGAAUAAACACAAAAUAUACUUUUUAAAUGAUAAUGUUAUUUAUUGAAGCUAAAAUUUUUUCCAAUACCAUCUGGGCCUGUGUGUAAAUGUAUUUGCCCUUGUAGUUACUAAUUCCCCAAAUCUUUGAAACUGCGUUCAUAAUGGGGUUCAGCUGGACUAGACACAACCAGACCUGAUUACUGCAAAUCCUGUUCAAUCAAAUCUACACUUAAAUAGAACUUUUUCAACAGCAUGUAGUUGGUUAAAAGGUCUUACCCAGUAACACACGAUGUGAAAAUUGAAAGAAAUUCCAGAAGGUAAUUGAAAUACAUCAGUCUGGGAAGGGUCACAAAGCUAUUUCAAAGGCUCUGGCACUCCAGAGAACCACAGUGAGAGCCGUUAGCUACAAAUGGGAAAAACUCGGCACAGUAGUGAACCUUCACAGAAGUGGCCGACCUUCCAAAAUUCCUCCAAGAGCACAGCGACUACUCAUCCAGCAAGUCACAAAAGAGCCAAGGACCACAGGUCUCUCAUGCAUCAAUAAAAGUUAAUGUUCAUGACUCCACUAUCAAAAAGACACUGGGCAAAAAUGGCAUCUAUGGAAGAGUGGCGAGUGGCAAAAUUUUGCCAAAACACACCUUGAUGAUCCUCAAAGCUUGAGGAGAAUGUUCUGUGGAUUGCUGAGUUGAAAGUGGAACUGUUUGGAAGACAGUGGUCCCGUUACAUCUGGCGUAAACCAAACACAGAAUUCCACAAAAGAAAUCAUCAUACCUACAGUCAAGCAUGGUGGUGGCAGUGUGAUGGUGUGGGGAUGCUUUGCUGCUUCAGGGCCUGGGCAACCUGCAUUAAUUUAGGGAAACAUGAAUUCUGCUCUCUACCAGAAAAUCCUAAAGGAGAAUGUCCACUCUUCAGUCCGUAAACUGAAACUCAAGCACAACUGGAUUGUGCACCAAGACAAUGAUCCAAAGCAUAGGAGUAAGUCCUAGUCCUAGAAGUAAAUGAUUAACUGAUCUCCAGUUAUCGGAAGCCUUUGGUUGCAAUUAUUGCUGCUAAAGGUGGCACGACCAGAUUUUAAGUUUAAGGGGGCAAUUAGUUUUUCACAUUGGUGAUAGGUAUUUGUUUGUUUGUUUUUUGCUUCAAUAAUUUUUUCACAUUGGUGAUAGGUAUUUGUUUGUUUGUUUUUUGCUUCAAUAAUUUUUUUUUUUUAAAUAAUACCUAUAUUGUGUGUUUACCCAGGUCUCAGGUUGACUUUGUUUUAUGUUGUAUUUCAUUUGAAGAUCUAAAACUAUUUAAUGUUUGAUAUAUAAUUAAACAGAAGAAAUCAUUUUUCGCAGCACUGUACUAU